AUGAUAAUUCAGCUAUUCCUCCUUUUUCCUAUUCUCUAUGCUUAUUUCGAACAAAAACUCACAAGACAUGCCCUUAUGUAUAAUGCCUUCAAAAUUGAUGAAAAAAUGACUGCUAUCAGCCCCAAAUAAUGCCCUGAAGAUCUCUUAAAUUAUACAUACAGUGACACUUACGUCAGUCAAAUUUGUUUUAACAAAAAUGUUUUCUAUAAUGUUGAAAUCGUCCUUGGUGAUACUGUUACUUAUAAUAAGACAUAUUAAUUAGCAGUAUUUUUAAAAUAAAUAAAUUUAGCUAGAUCUAACAUCUCCUUGGACUUGGUAUAAAUCAGAAAAUUGUGUUACUUGCAAGAGUAUUAAACCUCUAGACUUUGAAAUUGGUGACGAUUGCAAACCAAGUACCAAGACAAAUGAUUGUUUCAAUGAAGACUUUAAUAAAUCAUUUAAUGCUACAAAAUGGAAUGAUAAAUAAGUUCAUGGCUAAAUUUACUCCUAAAAUUCAUUAAUAUAAGGAACUUUUCAGACAGACACAAUUUAAAUGUUAGCAUAUAAUUCAUCAUCAAGAAUGACAAUCUCUUAAUUCAUUUCUUAUGAAUGGGGAACCUCAACUCCUCCUUCGCUUGUAGUUAUCACAGGAUUACAAAUGCUUUAGGUUCAAUACAUUAAAAAUACUUUACCUAUUUUAGCAGAUGGUGUGAUAGGAUUUGGAUUUGAAUAUACAGAAACAAAUGAAGAAAAAGCAUAAAGUAAUUCAAAUUUUGUUGAAAAACUUGUUUAAGAAAAGACUAAACUUAACUUAACUAGAUAAUUGUUUGCCUUAUAUACUUAUGAAAGUGCUGAAAACUUCUCUGAAAUGGUUGUAUAGGUUGGUGGAAUAGAUGAAAAAUAUAUUCAUAAAUAAAAAUCUUCUAAUGCAAUUUGGAUCAAUACUUUAGAAAAAUCAGGUUAUUAUUGGAUGGUUGAAGUAAAUAAAAUUGAGUUAAAAGUAUUUUUUAAUUAUUUAACAAAUAGAAUAAAGAAGGAAGAGAUUUAAUUGAUACUUAAUUACCAAUCAAAAAAGCAUUCUUUACAUUGAAUUCCUAAUUUAUAGAAUUACCUUAUGAUUUAUUGAAAUCUCUAACUUUAAAAUUAUAAUAAUUAAACUCAAAUACAGUUUGUGACUUAGUCGACGAAAAAGUAUUUCUUCAAUUUAAACUUAGAUGUACAUUUUAUAUUGUAAGAAUCUACUUAAAACAAUUUAAACAGAUUAUAUUUUAACAUUUACUUUUGGUAGUGAUUAAGUUCCAAUUUUGAAUACUCAUUUAAUAUAUAGAUAAUGCAGUAAUUCUAAUAGUGAAGAUAACUAAUUUUAAGAUUGCUUUUUCAAUAUUAAAUAUUCUUAAUCAGAUUAUGUUAUCUUAGGAGAACCAUUUAUGAAAAACCAUUAUAUUGUCUUUGAAAAUAAUCCUGGCAAUAAUACAAGAAGAAUUGGAGUGUUCUAGGCAGCUACACAUAUGUAUUAUCCAGAAAAUCCAAGUUAAUAUGAAUGGCCUUUAUUUAAUGCAAUUUUAUUCAUCUUCAUUUUUGGACUUGUUAGUGUAUGUUCAAUCACAUUCUUAAAAAGUUUAUGUAAAGAUUUAUUUAGAUCAUUUAAAUAUAGAAAAGUAAUUAAAUUCUAAAUUAUAGGCUUAAAAUCCAGAGGAUCAACAAUCUUUAAGAGUUUCUAAAGAUAUUGAUUAUGUUGAUUAUUCUACAUAAGAAGAAGUUUAGAGUUAAAUCAAAAACAUUGAAAUGAGUGAUUAAAAAAAAGUUGAAGAAUGGAAUAAAUAAUAAGAUCAAUUUAAGUUUGGAGAAAAAUUUACAAGCUCUUUAGAAUAAAAUUCAUUAUGAC